AUGUUAAACAGCCAAGUAAAACACUGGCACACUGUAUUCGACUGUAGAUCGUCGGAUUACGGUUCAUCAAAUUCGGACAGUCUACUAAUAUUUGCCCAGGAUGGAGGACAAUCGUUCGGUCUGCCCUUUGAAAUGGAUAAAACUACUACCAUAUUGGGCAUAGAAGUGCACCAGCUUUACGAACAGUUGGUGUACAGUUUGUCCAAAACUGCACGAGAACGCAUCCAAAAGCUGCAAUUCUCCGAUAGACAAACAACAAACCACAUUCGUGUGCAACGACUAGAAAUUACACGAUUCUUACGUCUGGUUUUAGGUAACGCAUCGUGCAUGGAAGGGCAAGUAAUAAGCGAAAGUAUUGCGCUGGUCUUGGGUGCCCUGCCGGAUUUGGUGGAGCCUCUCAAAAAGAACGGAUGGAACAGUGUUUGUGACAAGGAAAUCUGCGGAUACCAAAUUUACCACGGUGUGCUGGAAUGGCGUUGGCUUCUGAUGCUGAUUCUUAAAGACGUGAAGGACUGCACCGUGACUGCGAAUGACGAAUUUCUAGUCGGACUGUUCGAAAACAGGCCACUGAAAACGUUCGGACGAUUAUAUGGUGGAAUGAUGACCGAUAUGCUGAGUUUAGCUUACCAUCUGUUCCGGAUGUAUGGGGCGGAAAAUAUUAUCGCUAAAACUCCGUACACCUGUUACUGUACAAAGCUCAUGUGGCUUGGCAUGAUGGUUUUGGCGGAAGCAACGAAGGAACGACUUGACUUCUGGAUAUGUUUUAACGAGAGCAUGCCGUCAGCGGUGAAGGAAAGCAGCGAUGGUUAUCUGUUUAAGAUAUGGAUUAUGAAUGCACUAUCCAAAUUCUUCGUACAUAAGCCAACAUUGGAAGGCGAAAAACCAUCAGCGACACUGCUUUCCGGUAAUAUCGUAAUGGAUGAUAUCGUGAAAAACUUUUUAAAAUCAAACGUAAAGGAAGUGCAAGUAAGAGAGUUUCUGAUCCUGCUGAACCCGAUCAUUACCACACUAUGGCCGGAACGAUUUGAAAUUGUGAUCGCGGUUUGGGAUUAUUUUAGCGUUCGGCUUGACUCGUGUUUUAUCGCGCAAAACGAUUCUCUGGAAGCUAUGAGUUGUGUCAGUCAAUCUGUUGCUGGGUACAUUGAACAAGCAAGCUUACUUGCAGCAUCAGAAACGACACCCGUUAAUUUAAAUCUGCAACAGAAAAGCUUCCAUCUGUUUCUCGUCAUGCUAAGUAAGGUAAUACGACACUGCACGACACAAGCGCUCAACAGAAAGGUGCAAAUUAUUUUCAAUCGCAUUUUCCUCAAACUCGGACCAAAAAAGUUUGAAAAUAUUACAGAGCAAGCUAUAUACAACCUCGGGUUGAUGUUUCUUACAAUGAUCAGUGCUACAAGUUUUGAAACUGACUAUCCGAGAUUAUCGAAACUAAUUCAGAUGAUUCCAUUGAUAUGUGGACCUACGAACUUCCCAAUCGAAGCGAGAAUCAAACGUAUAGUAGUUGCUGCACAGGUUCACAUGGCAUUGCUAGUGUUAUUUACCGGUUCGAGCUUCGAUAAAACGGAGCACAUUGUUUCAUUUUUGCAAAGCAUUGAAAUACCCUACAGAAAGUACGGAAAUAGGAUGCAACCUGUACUAAAAAUUAUUGCCGAAGGCAUGCAAUUGAUCUACGAAAAGGCUUUGUUGAAGAAAUCGUUCAAUCGGGGCGAAAAACAUUUGAUUGGCUCGUGGAUCCUGAAAUAUCUGCGAAACCGAUCGUCUGAGCGAAAGAGACAGAAGCUUCUCGAAGUUAUAUUGGCCUCAUUGAACUGUAAGGAUGCGCCUUUGGAUGAUGAGUAUUUCAACGCAGUGGAUCAAUACGUUAUGCCGUUUGUGAAGGAAAAGUUUUCAAGUAAGGUCUCUCCAUCAUGCAUUGCGCAAAUAGCCGCCCAUAUGACUAGACAAAAAUUGUUAAGUUAUACUACGUUAGUUCAUAUUCCUUCGUUUUUUACUACCUACAUCAACUGCCCAACCGCUUGUCCGGAGCAGGUGCUAGUUUACCUCAAAGAGUUAUCCCAAAGUUCCAAAUGUUUAACAUUAAUAGGAGAGAGUAUAAUCAUCCAGCAGUGGUUGAAACUGGGAUUUUAUUUUGACCGCGAAAGCUUGCUAGAUCUUACCCGCGCCGUUUAUAGUUUAAAAGAAUUCAGAUUUUUAUGCGAAAUAGCAGAAUAUGACCUGUUCGAAAGUAACGCAAUCCCAAUGAAACUAUUUUUUCUCUCGAUUGCCAAACGCUAUAAGGAAUCGGAUACUGUUACACAGAUAGAAAUGCAAAACAAGCUUCAUAAUUUGUUUCAGAAUUUUGACGAAUGGUUUUCUAAACCGGAAGGUAUUAUUAGAAGGCGCAUACUUGCUGUGCUUGUGCUAGCAUUGACCAAAUGUCCGGAUGUGUUUUACAUACCGGGUAAUUACAGCUGUUUAUACAGUAUAGCAUUCCAGCAUUUUUUUCUACCAUGUUCCGUUCUUGCUGAGCGGGACAUACAGCACGAAUUCGUAGAAGAAAUGGCAAGAAUUUUUCACAAUGUUAUGGAUAUUAUCGGUAACAUGGACUAUAGCGGUAAUGAAACGAUCGAAGAUACUGCGUACAACAUGAUCAACAAAUGGUUGCCGCAUUUUGCCAAGCUUAAAAAUCCUAACGACGCACUUAAACCUUUGAUUCAAUUUUUUUGUGGCCGCAACGAAGCGUUAGUGCUUUACACGAUGCCCCGUUUUGUAACGAUGUUUGUAGAUCUUCAACGGUGUCUUCCUAAGCCGAAUGCGCUUCCAAUAAUGCAGUUGCUAAAAAAGCUGAUAGAAACUCUUGUAAGUAGGAAAAACUACGCAAAAAUAGCACUUUUCAUCCGUACAAUGGGACUAUCAAUCACACAGCACGCGUUUAUGUGCAAUGCAAUGCAUUCUACCCGUGCGAUUGCGAUGGAAAUUGUGUAUGAUUUGCUAAACAGCACCGAGGGCUCGUCAGAUACGGUGAAACAAGAAAUGGGCAGUGUUUUGGUUUCCUUCACCCACAAAUACUUUUCCGUUUCGGCCGAAUGUUACAUUAACUUCAUGUGCCGUCUUGUCGAUCAUAAGCCCAAUUUUAUACGUUCGAUGAUUGAUUUAAUGCGCUGUGACGUUUCCCAAGGUGAAAUAACAUGUGGUCAGCAAAAGGAUAAUAUUCUGCAGAAGGCGUUAGAGUGUUUGGAGAAUGCAUUCAAAGAGAAUAGACAAAGUAUUGUUAAGCGAUAG